GAGAUUGAUAACAUUCAUAUAAUUGUGUUAAAAUCCGUCAAGUGUACAAGGGGUACGAAUUGUGAGAGUAAUGUGAAAACAUUAUAUUGAUUACUUUAUUUUGUGGUGCCAAAAAGUGUUAAUCUGUGAUCUACGAAAUGCUCUUAAUCUAUGAGCCGGAGAUCGAUUGCUCUGGUCUCCACCCAUAUUCCUGGGGAAAUCGCGGACUUUUCUCAUUGAACUAAACAUUGAAUUGAGAAUACAACAACGUAUCACUCUCGUGAUUAUUUCUCCCCUGUUUUCAGGGGCGUAACAUUAGCCUAUCAUGUUCUGUGAGCUUUUAUCACUAAUCACCUCUGCUGAUGACACACAGAGUAAUUGUCAGGCUGACAUGUAGCACUUUAAAGCUGACACUAUAACAGGUGCUGAGCCAAGGAGGCUUGCUGUCUCUAAUGCUACAUGUGGCGGCGAUCUGCUUUUAAUAGUGCAAACAUAGAGGAGGUAUGAAUAGACGUGUUGCCAUGACUCUUGCCCACUGGGCUGCAUGUAUUCAAUGAGUCGACUCUUGGACUACAACAAUAAUGUAUUCUGAUUGCCAACAGUAGUAGUCUGUUGAAUGUGGCACUUGAUAAUCAACUGUAUAACCAUACUCAUUGUGGAGUGAUUGACCUGUGCUCAGCCACUCUCUCCUUGCAACAUGAUGCAGGCAAAUUAUGAGAAAAUCAACUGCUGCAAUAGGGUGAAGGCAGAGGUUGAAUAUGAGUACAGGCAGAGAGAGAGAGAGGUGGAGAGAAGGAAAGAGAGAGACAGACAGACAUACAGUGGUAGGAUCUUAAUUUGAUCCAGCAGGAAAAUACAGACAUACAGGCAGACAUGGUCCAUAGAAAUAGGCUGUUCCAGUUCUGGGUGGAUAUGUGGAAGAUAACUAACUUGGUGAUGUCACAAUGCCCCUUUACCAGGGAAGGAGAACUAGUUGUUAUAAGGGAACAUUAUGAGGUAACAUGUUGCCACGGAAACACACUUAUGUCAUAAUCUCAGACCACAUUAAAACGGUCAGACAAGCUCAGGUAGAGCGCAUUAGCUACAUUCGAACGAUCUCCCAACCUAUAACUGAUUUGAUUGAUUACAACGGUACACUACCUUGUCGUGACAUGGGUCAGAGACUAAGUGACCCUGUCCCUGAGGUAUCCCAUAGGGAGAAACCAAAGGAGACACAGGAACAUAAAGAUAAACCCAAGGAGAAGAGGAUCCCUCAAGCCCUGACCUUUCUUCAGCUGUUUACACUGCUGAGCUGCGUCAAGGUGAAGAAAACACCCUUUGAUCCCUCCCAGAGUGGUGAUGGGAGAAAGGGAACAACGAUAAACGAUACAAACAACAAUAAUGACUCUGAUACUGGCUUGGACUACUCUGCAGGUGACGUGAAAAGGAUCAAGGACAAGAGUAAAGGAAAGGUUGGGGGAGAGAAACAUAGCAUUGAAUCUCAGGACCACAAAUGCAGAACGACACAGGAAAAAGAAAAAGAAAAUGACAUUAAACAAAGACCUAACUCGGUCUCCCCUGAGGAGCAAGCAAAGAAGACGCAGCAGAAAGAGAAGAAGAAGAGCAUCCAUCCAGCUGUGGCGGCCCUGCAGCUGUUCACUCUUCUGCUGUGGUGGGAAAGUCAAGCUGAGGAAGUCUCGUCCCUCUCAGAACAGACAGAGUAGAAAGGACCAGGACAAAGAUAAUGCAUCUGAUACUGGUUCAGACUUGUCUGGAGGUGACGUUACAACCAAAAGGGUCAAGGACAAGAUUAAUGGAAAGGUAGGGAGGGAGAAAGACCAGACUAAAGUUCAGCUGUUGAAAUCAUCUCAGGACCACGAACCCGUAAGUACAACACCAGAAACAGACAAGGGAACUAAUUCAGGACAAAGACCUAACUCUGUGAGACAACCAAACACGCUGUAUCAUUUGAUUGUGAGCAAAAUAUCUUUCUGAUAAUGCUGUGUUAUCAUUGGGUGUUAUAAUUGUGUUGUGCAGGAAAA